AAAAUAUGCGCCGGAAAUUUUCCUCAUGUCAUGAGAAACGCAGAAGAAGCUUACCGGCGAUCUACAAAAAAUGGGUCGCGACGGCGCGACCUUACAGAAUCGCAUCCCCCGCGUAGUUUUGGUAUGGAUCCGCCCACACGAAAAGCCAGCGCUGUCAUGCUAAAGAAGAUGAAGGAACAGUAGGGCGGCAAAACUCGGCGUAUCCAUGCAUCAGUCUCGUGGGAGCACAAAGCAAAAGAGUGAAGAGCAUUGCUCCACCUGUGUUCUGUCCAACCGGACAGGACAAGGCCUGCGGCGCACCAUAAAGCUGAUUUUUAUCCUCGCACGACCGUAAGAGCAAAGCAUCGACAUCGAAAUGGGCGACGUCUCACCGCCGCCGGACCAUCGGGCACGAGGAGACGGCAGGAACAUGCUCGGAAUGCUCGACUUGAAUGACAACAACGAGUUCUUGUUGUUCUUUUUUACUUGCAACGCCGUGGUGUGUAUCAACUGUAAAAAUGUCUGGGUCUGGAAGAUUCUGAGACUUGUCACGCAUGUUUUGCAUUGGCCAUGAUAUCUGUGAUGCAUGCCCUAGCAUCACAGAGUUUUUGAGGGCUUCGCGAUGCCUAUUGCGCAUGACAAAAUCCCUCUCCGCGUAGCAAAGAUUGCAUUCCCUCUGCUGCUCAUGCAAUACAGAUUUUUUUAGAAUCCAAAAUCAGAAUGACAAGUUGGAUUCUUCCAGACCCAGACACGUUUACAGUUGAUAGUGUGUGCUAUUAUUGUGAUCGUAACCUACGUGUGUAACCUGUGGAAGCGGAGGAAGAACAAUCUCUACAAACUCUACAAUGCAUCCUCGGAUGAAUUCUACGCAAAAGAUGAAUUCUACCGGCAGAGUCAGCAUGCCACUGUUUUCACGUCUUCGGCGGCAGUCGCCAUCACGGGCGAUGCCACGGGCGCUGCGGCAACGGGUCCUCACGGAGCUGGCGGUGGAGAAAAUCCAUCCGCUGAGCACGACGACGUUGUCGGUGCGGAGCAUCUGAAACAAGACAGCACUUCUGCAACAAGUGCAACCGCGAACACGACAAAUGCGAACGACGGCUUAUCGACC